AUUAAUUUUUAUCGACUCCAUGUGAGUCCCACCCGGGCGGAGAUCCGUGACACCCGGGUAAGGCUUCUUAGAACAGGGGGUCGCCAGGUACCCUGAGCUCUCCUUUUGAGUCUGGGCUAUUUUGUGACCCGAGCCUUCAGUCAGGCUGACUCUCGGCACGGGUCGAGUGACGCCUUAGUCCGGGCCGGGACGCCCGACUACCAUUUGCCAGCAUCCUCUGGCAGGGACAUAACCUUGCAAGGGGACCUGUUUCCAGCCGCCCUCGCGUGGAGAAUAUAGUCGCAUUUCUGGGUGUAUGGACAAUUACGGCGCGUUCUUUUAGCAAGCUUAAAACUACACGUUAUUCCCCUUAUCCAUCACCCGACUGACGGCCCUAUUGUUUCGGUUAGUAUUUUACUUUUUUCGUCUGGGAAUGGUAUUAUUUCAAAAACUGAUUAUGUCUCUUGGAUAUUAUCGGAAUUUCGUUGGUAUCAGAUUUCAGCCAAGCUGAAGUUUUGAUAUUAAGAAGUUUUUUAGAAUUGACGUGGAUUAAUACAUCGUGCUUUAAAAGUUUUGGAUUAAAGAUACCUAAGCAUGUCAGUUGCAAACCAAGCUCAAUGCCUUCAAAGUAUUCAGUGAAUUGUUGAAAGUAAGUUGAAAAUUAUUAAAGGUAUCAUUUGGUCUUCUUUAAAGUUAUAAUUUAAAUGAUUAGUCAAUUUAAUUCCUUGAGCACUGCGGACUGACAAUAGCUCGCGGGCGAUCCAGACCUUUGAGAAUAGAGUGACGGUAAUUCCACAAUCCUGUAAACUGUGUUCCCAGGAGAACCAUCCUAUCCGAGUAUGUCCGUUAUUCCUACGAAUGCCAGUCGGAGAGCGGAGUCGGAGAAAUAUAUAAAACAGCAGAAGUUGUGUUUUUUAAAUUGUUUUUCUAGAACGCAUCUCCUUAGGGAUUGCACUAGCACGCAUAAUUGCAAUACUCGUAGAGGACGCCACAACACUCUCCUGCACCGAAACGGCACUCCACCAGUCCAAUCAGCGGUCAAUCCUGACCACCAGCCCCACGUAUCCACAUUUAACCACCAGCAAGAUAUACAGUCCACUCCAUUAACGAAUCAACCGAAUGUGCAAACGUUUCUGGCUGUAAACACUCAAGGGGUCCUCCUGAGUACAGCUUUAAUAGAGAUUUGCCAAAUACUCAAAUACUCAGCACGGGAACUUAUUGACUCGGGUUCUGAGGCAACCUUUAUUUCAGAACGCUUGUUCAACUUGAUUAAGUUGCCUUAUGAAUCCAUCCUUGCUCAAGUUUCAGGGCUCAACCUCACUGUUGCGGCUCAGCCCCGUAAGCGCUGUCAACUCAGCAUAGGUUCUCCCGUCAAGCCCCACAUCCAAAUUAAAACUUCUGCAUAUGUACUACCACAACUGGCCGGGAGUUUCCCAUCCUUUACUUUACCUGAAGACUCUUUGGAGCAUUUGCCGCCUUUGCAACUAGCAGACCCAACUUUCUACCGGAGUUCGCAGAUCGACGUUCUGAUUGGUGCCGAUAUCCUGCCAUCGAUCAUUCUCAGCGGCUCCCAUUCCAAUAUCUGUGGCACGCUUCUUGGCCAGGAGACCAUAUUCGGAUGGAUUCUUAGCGGUCCGAUCGCAACAAAUCCCACAAGCAGAAUAUGCUAUUUUUCGUCCCGACUAGCUGUCACUGAGACCAGACUGGACAACAUUCUCACAAAAUUUUGGGAGGUGGAGGAUGUUCCAGUGAAGCUGGUUAGGGAAUCCACCUCGAUUUGCGAGGAAAACUUUGUCCAAUCUACCAAAAGGAACGAGGAUGGGAGGUCGAUCGCACUGGCUCAGUUCCUCCGAAACGAGAUUCGACUGAAUAAAGACGUUUCGUCAAAAAAGCAGUAUUUAGAGUAUUUAGAUUUAGGUCAUAUGCACCAAGUCUCUCCGAACGACUCUAAUAAUUUUUAUUUGCCCCAUCAUUCUGUCUUCAAGCCAGACAGCACCACAACGAAGGUUCGCGUUGUGUUUAAUGCUUCCAAUCCUUCAUCGAACGGGAACAGCCUCAAUGAUAUCCUUCAUGCGGGGCCCGUACUGCAGUCCGAUCUGACUAUCCAGAUUCUAAAAUGGCGUUUCUUCAAGUAUGUUUUCAAUGCUGACAUCACAAAGAUGUACAGGCAAAUUCGGGUAAAUUCGGCCCAUACGCGCUUUCAGAGAAUCCUCUUUCGCAAUAAGGACGGAGAGCUCUGUGACUAUGAACUCGAUACAGUCACCUUCGGCGUAAACUAUGCGCCUUUUCUAGCCAUCCGCGUACUACCACAGUUUGCUCAGGAUAUCCGAGGCCAAUAUCCUUUGGCAAGUGACAUUAUCUCGAACUUCAUGUACGUUGACGAUGUGCUCGCAGGCACUCACACUAAGCGGUCGGCAGUUUUAGCCAUCGAGGAGCUUCGGCUGGCUCUUGAGAGUGCUGGUUUUCCAUUACGGAAGUGGACCUCGAACGAAAGAAAACUCCUACAAGAGGUUCCAAAGGAGCACUUGAUUAGUGCAGACUUUCUUGAGCUUGAAGAGUACGGCUAGUACGGCGAAAACUCUUGGGAUCCGUUGGCAAGCUACAUCUGAUAGUUUUUAUACCCGAUACUCGUAGAGUAAAAGGGUAUACUAGAUUCGU